UGCUGUUGUUGCUGCUGAGGCUGAGGCUCCGCCACAAUAUCGGAGGAAUGCGCUUUUGUCGCUCGCUGGGGGUGGAGUUAGAAAGUGAACGAGUGCUGCCUACAAAACAGAGAGGGAGAAGGAGAGAGAGAGAGGAGAGAGAGGGGUCGGAGCUGCUCACCUUAAACCAUGGUUGUCGGUCAGACUCCUUAAAGUACUCGGCUGAAUCGUUCGGCAGCGGCCGCUCCACAGACCGCCGAGCUCCGCAUCACGUCGGAUCCCAGGGACCGGACCAGAACCAAACUGCAGCAGAAACAUUUUUCAUCCAAGAAAAGUGGAGCUGGUUUAUUUUUUAGUCUACUUUUCACUCACGCAAACUCCUGCCCAGAGGAGUGGGUGGUUUCAUGCCCCCGGGGCUGGAAGACGCAGCGCCUGGUGGAGCAUCCAGCCCGACUCCGCUCCGCUGCGCUCCUCUGGCGGGCUGAGGAGCAGCACUCCCCGGUGAGAGGAGACGGAGACCGAGCGAGCUCCAGGCGGUCGGGUUCUUUUGCAGGACUUCCAAAAAAAAAAAACCAAAAAAAAACACCCAUGUUUGAAACCCCAGGAUUUUAAGGGGAGAGGGGGGGUCGACGGAGGAGGGGUUUGGUUUAUAGAGGAGAAAAGGAGGGAGACGGAGAAGUCACUCCACCGCCGACAGAGCUGAGUUUAACAACUACCGAUUAACCGAAGGCAUGCGGCUGACUGAGGUUCUCCUCCGACCCUCACCCGUCUGUUAGUUAAACCCUGGGCUGGGAUGUUUGAGUCGCGUUGUUUGGUGGGGUGAAGGGACCGACAGCGAGGAAGAGAGAGGGUGAGAGACAGAGAGAGAGAGAGAGAGAGAGGAGGAGAGUCAACGGAAGGACUUCCACGGAGAGAGGGGACGGAGGCCGGGGACAGAGAGCGGGAGCAGCCGGGAGCAUGGCUCUGGAAGCGCUGUCUCUCCUGGUGCUAAUGAGUCUCACCUGUGCUAACCUGCUCCAGGUGUCGGCCAACAGACACUCGGUGUACUGGAACAGCUCCAACAUACAUCUGCGCAGGGAGGGCUACACGAUGCAGGUGAACGUCAACGACUACCUGGACAUCUACUGCCCCCACUACAACGACAGUCAGCGCAUGGUGGGCACCGGGGAGCAGUACAUCCUCUACAUGGUCAGCUACCGCGGCUACAGGAACUGCGACCCCAACCUGGGCUUCAAGAGGUGGGAGUGUAACCGGCCCCACGCCCCCCACGCUCCCAUCAAGUUUUCGGAGAAAUUCCAGCGCUACAGCGCCUUCUCGCUGGGCUACGAGUUCCACGUCGGACAGGAAUACUACUACAUCUCCACGCCCACCCAUCACCACGGCCGCAGCUGUCUCAGACUACGGGUCUACGUCUGCUGCUCCACUGUCUCUGAUGUGGACGACGAGCCAGAACCGACAGAACCAGACUACACACUUAGACCAGACCUAAAGAUCGACCUGAUUGGUGAGUCACACACACACACACUCACACACACACACACACACACAUUUGAAUUAGACCAAAAACAGCUGGAAGACGAUGAGCCGCUGUGUUUGGAGGUGAAUGGAAACAUUGACGAGAACAUCCUCACUUCACCUCAUGACGCCUGA